AUGCCUUUGCUGGAAGAGUUCGCAGUCAGCAUCAUGCUGCAAAACCCUGGGUUGGAGCCUGCACUAGCCGACCGUUUUGCAAAGGAACAGGUUUACCGUUUCAAAAGGCUGACAAAGGCGGCAAUAGAUCAUGCCGAGGCUGUUAUCAACAAGACUUGCUCAGCGGGAAGACUUUGUUUCGCACAGGGAGGUGAAGCCGUAAUGCUUGCCUCAAGCAAUGGGCUUCAUGAAUCUGAGGGUGUGCUUACCCAGUCUCAGACCACCAGGCACGGUGCACUAGUGACCCCGGCCCAGUUCCCCCUAGAUGUUCCCAUGCCGCCCGUGAAGGGACUUCCGGCUGAGUUUGAGUGCCCCAUAUGUUUCAAGGUGAAGAGGUUUUACAAUCCUUCGCACUGGACUGAGCAUGUCUACGAAGACAUCCAACCAUUCACCUGUACCUUCCCAGACUGCAGCAACAUCAAGACAUUCAAACGAAAAGUAGACUGGAUCAGGCAUGAGAAUGAAUGGCACCGGAAGCUUGAAUGGUGGCUUUGCCCUUUUCCAGAUUGUCAUCACACAUGCUAUCGCAAGGACAAUUUUGUACAGCAUCUUGUCCGGGAGCACAAGGUGCGUUCGCCAAAGCGGAAGGUGCCAAACAUAGAAGAUGGAGGUUCCAUCAGUCCACAAGACCCAUUUGCGCCAGAUGCACAGGACCAAAACAUUCAUGAGGAAGAAAGUAAGCGGCUGUGGGAAUUAGUGGAAAAAUGUCACUGUGAAACCCAGAGAGCUUCAGAUGAGGAACCCUGCCGGUUCUGCGGAAAGAUCUGCGCCAGCUGGGGGAAGCUCAGUGAUCAUCUGGCCGACCACCUGGUGCAGCUAGCUCUGCUUGUUCUGGCACUACUGAAGGAGAAUUCCGAGCUGGAGAUAGGACUUACGAAUCAACAAGAACAUCCAUCUUCAGACUCUAACAAAGAUCCCAACAUAUAUCACAAUCAAGGAUAUCUCAAUCUGGACCAGCGCCACCUCCAGUUUGGCAUCGACUCCAGAUUGGGCCUCAAUGCCCUUGAAAAAUGGCCUCAUUUUCCCGAUUCAUCCCAUGAGAGCGCCCUAGUUCACCACACUCCACCAUCCUUCACAACCGGAACAGUCGCGGAUUCUGGCUACGCAUCAACCAAACACGAAAGAUCCAGAAAAGCGCGAUCCCAAGCGUUUGCAAGUCCUUUGGGAGUGUCGAAUGGCCAGUUCACCCUAUCUCACGACCCAUUGGCUCCAUCAGCUAGUGACGACGUAAAUUCGGAAAACUCGAAGGCCACCGAAUCGAUCGAGCUCGGGAGUAUCUACUCAGAAAUAUCGGGGGUCUCGGCUGAUAGAAAGGAAAUUUUCAUAUCAGAGCUAGCGGAAGAGCUUGCGAAUGUUAUACAACCGUACCAACCCAGCGAGGACGCCAGGCAGAGGAUAUCACAGCUGCUUCCCGAACUCCUGAGAGGGUUUGCUUUCCGGUUUGGACGCAAUGCAUCAAGCCAAAUGCACCGGGAUGUAAUGGUAUUUAUUCACAAGCAUCGAAGAGACGUAACAACAUCUCUCAUAGAGCGAUUCUCGGAGACCUAUGGCGCAAACACUGACGGACGAUACGGCGAGAAAAUGCCACUCCUUGAACUCAUGGCUCUUUGGGACAGUAAGGUAGAUACAGAUGUGGACAGAAUCCCGGAUGAAUGUCGCGAAGCUCCAGAUGAAAACGAAGGAAACGAAGAAGACGACGCGAAUUACAUGGAUGAGAACUACAAUAUAGCCGAGUCGGCAGAUCUGAUAGCCUACAAAAAGGCCAUUCUCAAUGCGCCGGCUUUCCAGACCCUUGCCGCAAGCUUACAGAGAGAGUGCCUGCUGGUCUCGCCAGACCAAAACACUAUGCAGGAGAUCAGCCAGAGACUCCUUGAUGGCCUUCAGCAAAACCCGCGGAUCAGCCGAAGGAAAUCUGCGGACACGUUCAAGGCAAAAUGCACCCCAGCAGAAGCUCUUAAGACGGCGAUAACCCUGACGGGAUCGAGCAGGGCUGCACAGGCUGCGACCUGUGGACGGUAUCUGUCCCAAGCAUGGCCAUCAACCGGGCAGCAAAUGAUCGACCUGGUCAAGGCCUUGGUCCAGAGCGGUCUCGGCGUUCCACGAUCGGAUGUUCUCUUGGACGGGACUGAGAUGAUUGGAGAGCUACAGCUAUCGAGCGGAGGUUCGUCAAAGUUGUUGUAUGUCGAGGUCCUAGGCACAGCACAUUCCAUUGUAGACACCAUCCAACUGCUUGCGUGGCUGGGAGCUGCCCUGCGGGUAUCCCCAAUCGAGACAGGAGUCGCUUACUGCAGGCCAAUUGUCCAAGGGAACUGGAUACUUGAAGACGGAUCCCAGACUGGAUGGGCAGCAGAGCUUCUUUGCAAGAUCGAAUAUACAAUUCGUGCGGAAUAUGGCUAUCCAGCACUUGCUAAUGGCCAGUGUUGGCACCAUCUAUUCCGAAAUCCAGUCAUAGUUGAGGGAUAUCCCAUCCUGAGACGGCCAGACUUUGCAGCAGAUGCUGGUCUGGAGAUCCCACUUAACAUGAUGGCGGGGCUCGCUCAAGCCUAUCGUAUAAGCACAUUCAACGGCAGGACGCUCCUCAAAGGAUGGUCGACUAUGCUUGUGCCCACAAAACAAGAUAACGACAUGGUGCUAUGGCAUCUGAUAUACCAUCCAAAUGGUGAUCGAAUAUCCUAUCAGGACUGUGAGACCUUCUUGCCCAUUGACACAUGCAUUCCGGAACUGGAGAAGGUACGACAUGUCCUGGGUUGGUGUUCUGAGAUGCGGUUCUUUGGAGGAGCAGCAGAUGCCAGCUACAACGUGCGGCCGUCCAGGCUCCCGGCAACAUCUAAAGGCUGCAUGCUCGACCAAGUGCACAUUUCAAGCGGACACACGAUAUCUGGUGGCCAUCCAUUUAGCAUUGGCUACAAGGACAUACCGCUACAUAUAUCCAGGCAUGGCUAUAUCCGUAAGCUCAAGUGGAUCGCGCAAAGGUUCGUCCUGCUCUGGGACGAAGGUGACAAAAGAGGCUGGCUGGUCAAAGGGACCAGUGCUCUGUUACACCUCGUUCGGGCAGCCAUGGACCAGGCCAGUGCCGAUGAUUUUAAAUCCUAUCUGCUCUUCAGUCCCGACCAACUGCAGGAAUCACGCCAUCGCCAUAAGCCUGCUGCGGCCAUCGACGUUCUAAUGGAUCCGAGAAACCGGGCGCUGAAAGUGUAUCAGGAGAAGGAUGAUUAUAUCCGCUUUGAAAACCAGGUGGAGCGUUUCUAUGACCUUCUCGAGAAGAUCAUUGACCACCAACAAGAUGCUGUGGAAAACAGCAGACGGCAAGGCACCACCGUGCCCCGGGCUUACCUAGAAGGCUGGGACUUCCACGAGCUGGCGGCUGAGGUCGAUCCUGUGCGCGCUCGUGUGGCGAUUCUUGAUUCAAUCGGUAAAUCCUGGGUCGACUUCACCCGCUCACUCAACGCCGUUACCCUAUGUGGACGCGGGUUCGGUGAUAUUAUCAAACCAACAGAGGGUUGCUCGCAGUGGGCAAGAUUGCCCAAAGGGAGGUACUAUCUCGCCGCAUGUAUGUCUGACCUGAAGAGUAUCAUGGAUAAACAAGGCGAUCCGGACUCAAUUCCCAUGAAACUAGUCGAUGACAUCCUCUGGUACAACAAUGACUCAUCGUUUGUGCCUUGUCGAUGCAAUGGCGAAGAUGACCAGCCGCAUUCCGAUUUUGCGCAGGUACUGUUGCCUUCCACAAUGGCUCGUGAUAUGCUGCAGGACAUGUCGCGAGCGGCUGAUUUGAACAAUGGCGGCGCUGUCAUCUUUGGCCAGAAUAGGAAUCGCAGGUGGUUUUGGGGCGACACAGGAGAGCCCUCAAGAAAGGCUCAGGAAGUCAAACCGCCGGACGAAGGUUCUCUGUCCCCGUCCUACGACGACAGUGGUAUCGGACAAAGUGUGCGAUCCUCAACCGCAAAAGUCGGCGCAAGCAUGGUAAGUGGCCCUCAGCAGUGCCCAUUGGAUGAAUCCUCCGCCGCUACACACUCAGGAAGUAUCAGUUCAAGAAACACUGGAGCCUUGAGUAUCACCAGUCUUCAUGAAAGGAUACGCGAAACUGUCCCGGAAGACUACAAAGUGGGGAUUUUAUGCGCAUUAUACCUGGAGCUGAUGGCAGUGCGAGCUUUGUUUGACAGCAAACACGAAGCUCUAACCAUCACUGACAACGACCCUAACUACUAUGCACUUGGACAAAUUGGGCCGCAUAACGUAGUCGCCGCAUGCUUACCAGACGGGGGCUACGGCACCAACUCAGCCACGAGAGUGGCCUCGAAUAUGAAGCGUACUUUUCCUGAGAUCAAGUUCUGUUUGCUCGUUGGUAUCGGCGGUGGAGCGCCGUCAACAGAAAACGACGUCAGGCUGGGCGACGUCGUCGUCAGCAGACCCUCGGGUACAUCUGGAGGAGUACUGAACUACGAGCUUGGGAAGGCGAUAGGAAAGGGGGUGUUUCAACUACACGGAUGCCUGCCGCCCGCUCCAGAGCAGCUGAUGUGUGCCAUCAGCGACCUGCGAUCCGACCCAAAACUUCCAUCGACACCGUUGCAGCCGUAUCUGGAUGAGAUUGCGUCGUGGAACCCUGAAUACCAGCACCCUGGUGCCGAAAACGACAGGCUAUUUGCCUCCGACUACAUUCACUCUACACAGAGCAGAGAUUGCAAAACGUGUGAUGCGAGAUGGGAGGUGAACAGAUCCCAACGACUGUCGACUCAUCCGAAAAUCCACUAUGGAUUGAUUGCCUCCGGAAACAAGGUCGUGCGAGACGCGGGUAUGAGGGACAGCCUAGCAAAGGAGUACAACGUUUUCUGUUUCGAGAUGGAAGCAGCAGGGGUCUUGCUGACCUUCCCCUGCCUAGUUAUCCGAGGCAUCUGCGACUACGCAGAUUCGCACAAGAACAAGAAAUGGCAGGAAUAUGCGGCUGCCGCGGCCGCGGCGUAUGCGAAACUGCUACUCUCGCGGGUGAGGGCAACAUUGGGUCAAUCGGAGGUCCGAGAUACUAUCGCCGCUAGGUCUGCUUCAGAAUGUCGCCCAUCCAAGCGGAUGCGGACUGGUUCCUCGGGGGAUAUGCAACGAUCUUGGGGACUGAAGAGGAAUCAGAUCUCCCGCUAG